AUGAGAAAGAAUAGAUACUGUUCAAGGUCAGAGUACAAUAAAAGCAUUUUUAUUAAGCUAGAAAAACUUUUCGGACGCCAAACUCCUACUAUGGUAGGAGAAUGUCGCAAACUUUCUGAAAAUUUUAGUUCAUUUGCAAAGAGUCCCAAAGAAGAAACUCCGGUUAAGUUAUCAAGAAUUAAAGUAAAACCGCUAUGCAAAUUUUUACCGCUGCCUCCUGAGUAUCAGUCAGGAGUAUUAAAGCCUAUUGAACCAAUAAAAAGUAGGGAAGAAACAAAUCUCCAUUAUUAUGAAGAAGAUGGAAGCAGUUUGUAUAUACCAAUAAGUACCUACAAAGAAAUGUCAAAAAUUUAUUAUAGCGAAGACGAAUUGCUGAAGAAAUUCAAAUGCCCCGAAAGCCACGCACUCGGCCAGGUCAUAAAAAAGCUCGAAAAUAGACUUCAAAAAAAGAAUAGAAAUUACUCUGAAAUUGGAAUGACAAAGAAGAGGAAACAAAUUUAUUUUCCUACCACAUCUGUGACGCCAACAAGAUUUGAAACUAAUAAUAAGUUCAAAAAAUUGUUUGCUUCUGAGUCUCCAACAGUAUCAAAAUCUGUUAGAAAUACGAAAAUCCUCCUUAACACUUGUGUUGAUAGACUACAUAAGCAUGGAGAAGAUAGUGUUUGUAAGAUGUGUCUUUCAAACUAUUUAGGAAUUCACCUUUAA